AUGAGCGGACGGCCGUAUGCGCGCAACCCGCGCGCUCCGCACACAGGACUGAGCGACCUCGAGGCGAUUCUGCCGCACACGUUUCGUCUCCAGACGUCCCGUCGACCGCGGGAUGCAAAAUAUCGCGCGGUGGUCGCCGGUAUUCGUCGUCAGUGCAGGCAAAAGAACUGGCGAAAGAUGAUAAGCGUCCGGCGGAGGAGACAGUAUGGAGAAGUAGUGGCGGGAAACGAUGGACAAGUGCGUCAGACAGAGGCGGAGGAGCUGCAGCCGCCAACGACAACAGUAGCAGUAGCAGUAGCAGCAGCAGCAGCAGCAGAUGUAGCUGCACAAGAAGAUGACAACGACUUGGAAGAAGCUCGAAAUGAGUUGGUGAGACUCGAGCAGAAGUUACAAGAGCUGACAGAGCAGAAACACGCCAAGUUUCAGCUGCUGAAGGGCAUUUUAGUCGAGGAAGCCAAGUCCAAGAUGACUGCUGUGAGCGACGGUGAGACUACGGGGACGCCUGCAAGCAAGAAAUGA